CUGGCUGUCCUUUUCCUUCUCGUCUCUUCUCUAUACUGAUCGCAUCGACAAUUCGUUUAUUCUCUCUUAUCCUCUCAUCCGUUUAUUUGUACGAUUUUGGCUUCAUCAAACAGUUGGUGAUCUAUUGCAAGCACAAGCAAGCAAAUAGAAGGGUCAAAUCUGCGUAGCUCCAGCUUUCUAUUCUCAUCCGGUUGCUCGUUUGGUCCCUUGAAUCCUUCGCGAGAUCAUGGACGCCAUCCUAAAUCCCCCUCCAGCCUACAACCACUUCAUCGGUAUUGAUGUCGGCACCGGUUCGGCCCGGGCUUGUAUCAUCGACGAAACUGGCGACAUCAAGGCUUUGGCCUCGGAGCCGAUCCAGCUAUGGCAACCCGAAACGGGCUACUAUGAACAAUCGACCACCGAUAUCUGGAACUGCAUCUGUGUCUGCGUACAACGCGUUGUCCAAGAAUCCAAUGUCGAUGUCAACUCGAUCAAGGGCAUUGGCUUCGACGCUACGUGCUCGCUAGCCGUCUUUAGCCACGACACUGACGAGCCCGUCGGCGUCACCGGCCCCAAAUUCGACAACGCCGAUGGCAACGACCGCAAUGUCGUCCUUUGGCUGGACCACCGCCCAGUCGAGGAGACCAAGAAAAUCAACGCCACCAACCACAACCUGCUCAAGUACGUCGGCGGCCGUAUGAGCAUCGAGAUGGAGAUCCCCAAGGUCCUCUGGCUCAAGAACAACAUGCCCUCGGAGCUGUUUGACCGCUGCAAAUUUUACGAUCUGACCGACGCCCUGACCCAUAUGGCCACCGGCACCGAGACCAGGAGCUUCUGCAGCGUCGUCUGCAAGCAGGGGUUCGUACCCGUCGGGGUCGACGGGAGUGUCAAGGGGUGGCAGGAAGAUUUCCUGACCACCAUCGGCCUGGGUGAUCUCGUGAAGGACAACUUUAAGCGCCUUGGAGGCGUCAACGGGGUGAACGGAGACUACCUCAGCGCUGGCGAACUGGUCGGCCAUCUGAGCAAGAAGGCGGCGAGGCAGCUCGGUCUGCCCGAAGGCAUCGCCAUUGGCAGCGGCGUGAUUGAUGCCUACGCCGGCUGGAUCGGCACUGUCGGCGCUAAGAUUGACCCCGAGCAGGAGUCAGACCACCUUGACGACGGCAUGUCGCACAACGACCUGGAACAGGCCUACACCCGACUGGCGGCCGUGGCCGGCACAUCUACAUGCCACAUUGCCAUGUCGAAGGAGCCUGUCUUUGUGCCUGGCGUGUGGGGCCCGUACAGGGACGUUCUCCUACCGGGCCGCUGGUUAGCCGAGGGAGGGCAAUCUGCGACGGGUGAGCUGUUGCGGCAUGUGGUGGAGAUCCACCCGGCCUACACGGAGACGUUGGCGUUGGCGGAGGCAGAGAAGAGGAACAUCUACGAAUUUCUCAACUGCCACCUGGCGCGGCUGCAGGGGAGACAGGGUGCGCCGACCAUCUCGUAUCUGGGACGGCAUUUCUUCCUGUACGGCGACCUAUGGGGCAACCGGUCACCGGUCUCGGAUGCGAACAUGAAGGGCGCCGUGAUCGGACUGAGCAGCGACAGGAGCACGGACAACCUGGCGCUGUGGUACUACGGAGUGAUGGAGUUCAUCGCGAUGCAGACGCGGCAGAUCAUCCAGGAGAUGAACAAGGCCGGACACUCCAUCACCAGUAUCUUCAUGUCGGGCAGCCAGUGCCAGAAUCCGGUGCUGAUGGGCCUGCUGGCGACGGUGUGCGAGAUGCCGGUGCUGAUCCCGCGGUACAUCAACGCUGCGGUGGUGCACGGCGCCGCCAUGUUGGGUGCCAAGGCGGGAAGCGCGGACGCCGAGGGCAAGACGGAGGACCUGUGGUCGAUCAUGGACCGGAUGAGCAAGCCCGGGCGCGUCGUACGGCCGAGGACGGAACGCGGCGAGCGGAAGCUUCUGGAAGCCAAGUACACGGUGUUCCUGGAGCAAAUGCGAACGCAGCAGGAGUACCGGAAGCUGGUGGAUGAGGCUCUCGAAUCAUGGCCCGAGGCAGCGGCAGCGGCGGCCAAGAAGACUGACGCCUGACGAAUGAAUUUUGGGAUGGUGGGACAGGCGUGGGCCGGGACGGACUAGAUGGCUGGACAAUGGC